CUGACAUGGCGGGCAUGAGUUUCUAUUUUGAAAAUGAAGUGGAGAAAUAUCGAAAAUAUAGAUCCAAAUUGAUCACAAUCGUAUACAGAGGUGAUGAAGGAUUUAAGAAGGAUAUCAAUCUUUAUAUUGACGAGCUUAACUCUAUCGAAUACACACAGAAAAUUGCUGGAAAUGAGGAAGCAUGUCAGCUAUUGUGUCAUUGCUGUACACUGGUGCCCACCCAACUUGACCAGCUCCUCACAAAGUUUGCUCAAUUAACAGUGAAUCUCAUCACUAAAUUACAGAUGGAGCUCAGUGAUAAAUGCCUGAACAUCUUGGUCGAGUAUUAUGUAUUGGCGUUACAACAAUGUCCCCAGUGGACAUGGCCUGAUAUUCUACAUGCCCUAGCGACAGUGUUGUAUGAGAAUGGGCACAGAAUUGAACAGUAUGAGGAGAUGUUACUGAGUGAAGGAGGUCUACUAGUAUCCAUGAUACAAGAGAGCCACGAAGAGGAGGUCAUAAAGGGUGCAUUGAUAUGCCUGGAGAAUGCCUGCAUCAGGGUUUCACUAGAGAAAUACAUACCUGAGAAAUUUGCUCUGGUUUGUUUCAAAACAUUUGCGAAAAUUCUAGAACAGGCUAAAGGUGCCAAGAUGGAAGAGGUGUCGCAUUGUAAGCUGAUUGUACAUGCUCUAAGGGGUCUUCAGAAUGUGAUAGUAGGCCUUAAUGCUUUACAGACUGACCAACUUGGACUCGUGUUAGCUAUUAUCAAAGUGUACAUAUAUUUUGGAACACCCCAGGAAAUUCCACUCACUACCAAUAUGUGUCUCUAUCCUACCCCCAUGAGUCAGUAUGCUGGGGCCGUGUCACCAAAUAGGAUCCCUCUUCAGCCCCCCAGUCCCACCCCUAAGGCAGCACCUAAAGUUGCCAACAAGAAAAAUAAAAAGAGACGCCCCAAAAAGGUUGAAUCUCAGCAAGAUGAUGAGGACCAAUCAAAAUUCCAGAAUAGAUUCACUCCUGGUCAUCAAUUUCUUAGCUCAUCAUUAGGCUCUUCUAGUCAUGACACUUUCUCCCUCCGCCCACACUGGAAUCGCAUCAGCAGCUCAGAAUCUGAGUACUCAGAUACAGAGGGGGAACAAGCAGUUAAAACAAGAUCCAUAUUCUCUAGAGUAAGACUGGCUGCUCUGAGUUGCUUACUAAGUGUAGUGAAAAUCACAGAAAGGAAAAUAAUGUUUGGUUAUUGGUCGGCAUUUAUUCCGGAUUCUCCAGGGGGUCAGACGCAGACUUUAUUCACAACGAUAUUAAAAGAUGGCAUCCCAAAAGUACGAUGUAAUGCUCUUACAGUAUUGACAGCUUUAUUAGAAGGGAGUAAGCAGUAUUUGGCAGUAGCUUCUGAGGACAGUAAGAACGAUCAGUUUGCUUUCACAUCCUACUCAUUUACAUUGAGCUCAAUGGUAAAGCAGCUGCAUACUAAUCUACUGAUGACGUUAGCCUCAGAGAACUCCCCCCUAGCCAUCACACAAACUAUUAAGUGCCUGGCAACAUUAGUGAUCAAUGUACCAUACCAGAAGUUUAAACCAGGGUUGCUAAGCAGAGUGGCUAAACAGAUCAAGCCCUUUGUAACACAUAGAGAUCCUAAUAUAAGAGUAGCUUGCCUGACAUGUUAUGGUUCAAUAGUAACAGUCAAUGCUCCUCUGUUAGAAGUCUUCUAUAUUCUCAAUCCAAUCAAGUCAACAAACAAACCAAAAGAUGGCGCAAGUGAAGUUUCCCAGAAUUCAUCAGGAACUUCCCAGAAUGCAAUGGACGUUACCAAGGAUACAUCUGAAGUAUCCCAGAAUACCACGUCGAGUGAAACAAAUUUUAGUGAUGGGGCUCAAUCGGGAAGUCAGACCCCAGGGUCAGGAUCUUUGACCCCCAGGUUAGAGCAAAUGACUAAUGUGUUACCAAGUCAGGAGACCCCAUGGUUGGUGCGGUUAUGUGUGGGGAUCAUACGUCAUACAGACGACAGUCUUACCUUAUCAGGAAGUGGAUGUCCUACAAGACCAAGUGGGGCAACAGAACCUCUACCAGUGGUCUUAGAAGCACUACAAGUCUUGGUCCACCUUGCAAAAUCUUACUUUCCAUUAAUCAGACAUAGUGUAGUCCUACUGAGGGACACAAUACAAUACUGUUGCGAAGAAGCAGACCCUUCUGUACAGUUACAUGGUGCUAAGCUACUGGAAGCUCUUGGUCCUAUGAUACUCACACAAAUACAACCAGCUGUUGAUGCCCCAUCUAAUGCAGACAGACUCACUCUGAAAGAAGGAGUUGACUUUUGGUUGAGUAUACUGGACAAACCUAUAAGGUCAGGAAUACAAAAUCAAAAUCAUGCCCAACUUAGAGCUACAAUAUGUGACUGUAUAUCCAACAUAGGAGCUAAAGUGUUUGAACAAUUCUCUAUGCGUCACAGGAUAUCAUGUGUGACAUUAUUACUUGGUGUGACCAGUGAUGAGGACUGUCAUGUAAGAGCAUCUGCAAUACGAGCCCUUGGUGUAUUUGUUCUCUAUCCAUGUCUGAGAGAGGAUGUCUGCUUUGUUGCUGAUACUGCAAACAAAGUGAUUGAACUGAUGGAGGAGAGCAACCUGAGUGUCCGAAUCAAGACGGCUUGGGUGUUAGGCAAUAUCAGUGAUGCUCUUGUGGUGAACAAGGAAGAAAAUGACGAGGCAUUCCUAGAGGAUUUCUCCGAUGUUCUUCUGUUGCGAUUGUUUAACGUUGCAUCGAAGGCAGCACAGGAUAAUGAUAAAGUCAAGUCUAAUGGUGUCAGGGCUAUUGGAAAUCUUGUACGCUACAUACAGCCUAGAAGCUGGGGAAAGAAGAAUGUAGUAGAAGCAAUAGACCAGGCUAUAAUUGCACUUACUAAGGCUGUCACAUCAGGCUCAAUGAAGGCUCGUUGGAACGCAUGCUAUGCUGUCGGCAAUAUGUUUAAGAAUCCACUUCUUCCAGUGGGCACUGCUAAUUGGACAAGUCAAAUCUACUCAAGUCUGUGUUCAGUUGUUAAGGACUGUAAGAACUAUAAAGUCCGGAUCAAUGCAGCCCUGGCACUGUCAAACAUACAACAGAGGUCAAUGUAUGGAGACAGUGGAAUGUUCCUCUCUGUGUGGAGGAGUCUUAUAGAGGCAUUGGAGUCCACAGAAGACAUCCAUGACUUUGCUGACUAUAAAUACAGGGACACUCUGGUAGAUCAGAUAUGUGUAACAGUCGUACAACUGGUGUGCCUUAUAGCAGUUGAUGACCUUGUAGCCUUAGGAGCACUGUUCUUUGACAAGUCGCAACAUGUGGACAUGUACCUUUCUAAACAUAUUGUCAAUAUAUCUUCCCUUGAGGGUGCUGACAGGACAGAUAAAGAAAGUAAACUACAAGAAGCUGUGGAACAUAUGCGGAAACUGUCCGAGUCUCAAUUAACUAAAGAGCAGCACUCUGCAUGGCAGAUCUUGACAGACAUCUUAGAGAAGCCUGUUCAAGUCAAAGAAAGUGCCAAGGAAACAAGAGAGAGAUCUGGAUUCUUGGAGACAUAUGAUUAAACAUAUGGUUAAUGAGAGAAACAUCAAGAUUUUUCAUUUUGCUGUUAUUUAUGGAUUUUAACUGGGUGUUAUAAAAUGAUACAAAUUCACAAAAAGUGAAAUAUCCUUUCUUGUGUUGGAGAGAUACUAUUUUCUUUUAACAUAUUUUCAUUUGUAUGAUUAUCAGACACAUAGGGGUUAAUAUAUAUAAAAAUUAUCCACUUAAACUAAUGAAUUUCGAGUUUAAGGGAACUCACUUGUGUAUCUGCCAUAUUAAUUUACCAACCUGGUAACUACCUACUCGCAUAUGGGUUAUUGAUACUAAUUUAUUAAAAACCCGGGUGUCUGCUUAAAAGCUACAAUUAUCUUUUUGCACGUUUGAUUGAAAAAUUGUAUAAAAUGACAUAAAUGA